UUUGCCGCGUCCCCUUUAAGUGGUGUUGGGUGGAGGCUUUGAAACGCAAAGGGAAGCUAAAGAGUCAAAUUGUUGGUAAACAGAACUCUUUUAAGAAAUUUUACUCUCAUCGGUACAUUGAGACAGUUACGAUACAACAGGUCAGCAGGGCUGGAGGUCUGGAUGCAGUCGUCAUGGUGAAGGAUGUUCCGGAAAGUCAAAAAGCGCCACAGCAGCAGCAGCUCACAAAGCAGUGAGAUCAGCACCAAAAGCAAGUCAGUAGACUCGAGUCUGGGAGGGCUCUCUAGAUCCAGUACUGUCGCCAGCCUUGAUACAGACUCCACCAAGAGCUCAGGUAACAGCGCGUCUGACACAUGCGCUGAGUUCCGGGUUAGGUAUGUAGGAGCAAUUGAGAAGUUACAGUUUGACAUGAGCAAGACCCUGCAGGAGCCUCUGGACCUCAUCAGCUAUAUUGAUGCUGCUCAGCAAGAUGGAAAGCUGCCCUUCAUGCCUGGAGAUGAGGAGAUGAUUCUGGGAGUUUCCAAGUACGGCGUCAAAGUGGCCUCACUGAAUCAGUGUGAUGUGCUGCAUCGCCACCCUCUGUACCUGAUAGUGCGUAUGCUGUGUUACGACGAUGGCCUCGGUGCAGGGAAGAACCUCCUGGCUCUCAAAACCACCGAUGCAAAACAAGAAGCGUGCAGCAUCUGGGUGUACCAGUGUAGCAGCUCAGAGCAGGCUCAGUCCAUCUGCAAGGUGCUGUCGGCUUCGUUUGACUGCGCUCUGACGUCAGACAAGUCCUGAGGCCGGAGAAACGGACCAGAGCUUAGAUCUGUGUAGAAGAGAAGUUAAACAAUUGCAAAACCAACAUCAGUAAAUCAGGAAACUACCACGGCUGCACUGUGAUUGCCAAAAGAUGCAACAGUUUUCUUUUUCAACUUUUUAUAUUUUAACCGAGUUUCACUGCAGGACAAAUCCACUGUUGUUUUCUGUGUUCAGUAUCUGUUGUUACAGAUACUGUCACUUUCCCAUCAUCCUACUGUGAAGUCUGAAUCAUUUCCCUGGAAUUAUUAUUUUUUUUUACCUCCCUUCUUUGACCUUUCAAAAUAAAACAAGCAAAAGGAAAGUUAAGGAAGGAAAUUGCUGCACAAAAAACACUGUAGAGUUUUAGCAGUAUAAUAUGAAUUAUGUAAAGUAAAUGAUGGUAUAAAAUAGUGACUGUUGUAGUCCCUCCCUGCCUACCUAUGUCAGCAUAUGGGAGAUGGAUGAUAGAUGUACAUGGGAGGUAUUCAUCAGCGGAGAAAUGACACGGUACACAGAUUUGCUGACAUGCACCUGAUUUAGUUUUCUUCAUGUGUAAACUGCUCAGAUCCUUUUCAAAGUUUACACAUCCUUUUGUGUGUCUUUGUGUUUUGUUUUGGAACAGUAUUGAUACAACAGUGGUCACUAUUUGACUGAGAGGUACGUUACCAAGUGGCUUUAACUGUGCCCCACAUCCUGUAUUUUGUCACCUGAGGAAGCUUACUCUUCUUAAUUUGAGGGUUUACCCAUUUUUUAUUUUCUUUAUUUGAUCUUGUUUUACACUUUAAAUUUCUUGGUACCAAAAGAUUGAUGUGCUUUCAGAUUUGAUAAGUCUUUGUUUUCACUUCACUAGAUUUGAUUUACUCAGCUGUUAGAAACAUUUGUGUAGUAAAAACAUGUUUACAGUGGUGGUACUAACUUGAUUCACCUUGUACAUAACGCACACCCUCUCCCCGUCCUCUGUUUUCACCAUGGUCUGUUUAAGGCUGGGUUGAAAAUCUGCGACAAUAAUAUAUAGUUUGAUGUGGUACAGCAGAGGAGUGGGUUUUGUUUUUAAUUAUUUUACCAAAUAAAGUAUAAUUUCUCAAUUUUC